ACUAAACUAGGCUUCGGCCCCAAGCAAGGCAUGGUUUGUUUAUCACGAAAUAAAAACAGUUGAAAGUAGUUUACUGAAAACAUUGAUCAAAAUGCCUCACGAUUUAGAUGACAUUGAGGACAUUGUCUCAGUCGAAGAUGUAACACCUAACGAGAGGUUUGCUAACAAACCAGAUGUUGUACCAAAAGUACGCAAGAAAAACAAUGCAGCUUUUAAACAAGAAGAGAUAACAACAGACAGCAUUGUUCCUGGUACCCAAAAUAUAUAUGUGAAGACCUGGGGUUGCUCUCACAACAAUUCAGAUGGCGAAUAUAUGGCAGGCCAGCUAGCUGCCUAUGGUUACACAAUUACAGAUAAAGCUGGUGAUGCAGACCUUUGGCUCUUAAACAGCUGCACUGUGAAGAACCCAGCAGAAGACCACUUCCGUAACGAGGUCAAGGCGGCCCAGAAGGCCGGCAAACACUUGGUUGUGUCCGGAUGUGUGCCGCAAGCUCAGCCUCGCAUGGACUACAUCCAUGGAGUCAGCAUAGUAGGUGUUCAACAGAUUGACCGUGUUGUGGAAGUUGUGGAAGAAACAUUGAAAGGUCACACUGUUCGUUUACUUGGUCAAAAAAAAGCAGAUGGUAAAAAAAUUGGUGGAGCCUCUCUAAAUUUACCAAAAAUAAGGAAGAAUCCACUUGUUGAAAUCAUAGCUAUCAACACAGGGUGUUUGAAUCAGUGUACAUAUUGUAAAACAAAAUAUGCCCGUGGGGAAUUAGGUAGCUAUCCUCCUCAAGAAAUUGUUCAACGUGCAAAACAAUCAUUUGAAGAGGGUGUCUGUGAAAUAUGGCUAACAAGUGAAGAUAUAGGUGCAUAUGGAAAAGAUAUUGGUGUCACUAUUACCGAGUUACUAUGGCAACUAGUGGAAGUUAUACCAGAAAACUGUAUGAUGAGGAUAGGCAUGACCAAUCCACCAUAUAUUCUGGAGCAUUUGGAGGAGAUGUCUAAGAUUUUAUCGCAUCCUAGGGUUUACUCAUUUUUGCACGUGCCUGUACAGUCAGGGUCAGAUUGUGUUUUGGCAGACAUGAAGCGAGAGUAUAAUGUGGAUGACUUUAGACAUGUAGUUGAUUUUUUGAAAGCAAGAGUACCAGGUGUUACAAUUGCCACUGAUGUUAUAUGUGGAUUUCCAACUGAAACAGUAGAGGAUUUCAAGGACACGCUAAAGCUGAUUGACGAUUACAAGUUUCCAAGUGUGUUCAUUAACCAGUUCUUUCCUAGGCCUGCCACACCUGCUGCAAAGAUGCAUCAAGUUCCUGCAGAUGAGAAAAAGAGAAGAACGAAGGAAUUGUCAACUUUGUUCAAGAGUUAUGAAACCUACAGUCACAAGAUAGGAGAAAGGCAACAAGUUCUUGUUACAGAGGAAUCACAUGAUAAAAAGUAUUAUGUGGGCCAUAAUAAGUUCUAUGAACAGGUACUGGUACCAAAGGAGGAGAGGCUACUGGGAAAGAUGAUAGAGGUAGAAAUUGCUUCAACAGGAAAGCAUUUCCAAAUGGGUAAACUAAUUGACAACAGUAGAUUGGUAACACCAUCCAUUGUUGAGCCCCUUCAAAAAGGUCAAAUUUCUGGGGUUAGUGCAAUGUCGUCAUUACAAGCUACAUCUUCUAAAACACCACGUUGGCUACGAAUAGCACUUGUUGUUGCUUUGCUGGCAGCCUUCUUAGACAUCAUUAAAAUUUCAUAUCAGUAUGUGUUGAAUACUUCAUGAGGAAACGAUAUUCUUGAUUGAGUAAAGUUUUCUUCGACCAAUCUGUAUGUAAAUGCCUGAGGACAGAAUGUUGACUAAAAAAUGGGACAACAUAACUACGCCACACCAUUUUUGGAAUGAUACACUACAUACAGUACACAGAAGAAUGUUAAUGCUAAUAGUACGAGAGAUGUAGUUCAGAUGCUCUUUCCUGGUGAAGUAAAAUUGGCAUAUAACAUUCAAUACACUUUGAGACAAGCACCAUAACAAUUUAAUCAAAGCAACAACAAAUGAAAAGAAGUUUUCUGCAGAUUAAAAAAAUGUUGAGAUUGGCCAGUUGUUGUGUUUAAUUUGCAAUCCCGAAAGCUCCAUUGACUUACAGAAUGGAGUUUUCUGAUGUUCUAUACUGUAUGAUACUAGGGAGUGGAGUGUUUAACACUGUGCAGUAUAUUAUGAGUAUUAUUAAUUCAUUUAUUUAAACUGAAGUACUAAAUUCAUUAGCUUGAAAGAGGAGAUGUUUUUAGUCCUGAAAAAUAGAACAUGGCUUUUGAAAGGAUUUGAACCCAGGAUCCAUGGAUUUGAAGCUGUGCACUGUGACUGCAAAGUCACACCUCAGCUGCAAUGCACUCUUGAUUAUUGUCGUAUGCAACAUUUUUGGUACAGUAUUGUUAAAUGAAAUAGACUGGUGUCCCAGUUAGUCCAUCAUACACUAGUUUAUUAGCACUGUAUGGGGAAGAUAUUUGACAUUUCCAGACUGUCAAUCAAUCGUAUCAACUGACGGAUCAACAAAUGCCCAGGAAAACACACUUGCCCCACAAACGCACAUGUUUUGUUGGACUUAGCAGGGGCGGAUCCAGAAGUUUUGGUUGGGGGGGCUAUAGGUAUAUGUGUAAAGUGCCUCCAAGUGCCUGCGGAGGUUAGGUUUGGGAGGAGGUGUCUCCGUCCGAUAAGAUGGGGUUCAGAGGGGUAGCUGAACGCUUUAGCUAUU